CAUAAUUCCGACGACGACGACGACGGCAGACACUUUUACAAACCAAAAACUACCCCGAACUCCGAAUACUUCCGAACAAGCUAUCGAUUCAGAACUAUCCAAAUUCAAAAGCAGAAUUCCAGGUGCACAGUACCAUAAACACUUUAGAAAGAGCGGCGGCAUCCACAACACUGCUUGAGAAAACAACCCGAUCCAAUCCAAUCCGACGACAAAGACAACGACGACAACAACACCAACCAAAAUGAGCUACAACGACGCCUUCAGUCAUCUGACGUCCGAGGAAAUCGACCACAUCGGCCGAAAGGCCUGGAAGGCCGCGAGCCGGUCCGCAAAACACAUGUCCAAGUAUUCCAGGAUCGUCAACCCGUCGCUCGAAAAGUGCAUACCCCGCUUCGAGCGCUCCGAGGUAAUCCUGGGCGAGUUUCUCGGCUCGGGGGGCUUCAACGACGUCUUUGAGAUCGAAGCCAUCGAGCUCGUCAAAAAUCUCGAGGAGGCCGAGCACGCCAAGAAAAUCGCCUCCCCGCUGCAGCAGGAGCACAGGGCCUUCGUGGCGAAGCACGUCUUUCGGGAAUCCUCGCAGAACUGCCGGUACGCCAUGAAGUUCCUCUCGAUCGACACCAUUGUGGAUCCCGGGAGGUACAUCACGGGCGCGGCCGAUCUGGUUGUGGAGGCCAAGUUUCUUGCGUCGCUCGAGCACCCCAACAUCAUCAAGCGUGAGUUGAAUUUUUUGUUUCUGAAUUUUUCGGCGAUGUCGCUUUCUUUGUUCUAUUCAUGCGGUCCUCGAAUGGAAUGUCAUGUCGCGUUAUCCACUGCUAGACGAAAUGUCUUUGUGUUGUUUGAUGUGAUGCAUAUGUUUUUGGUGGAAAGAACUAAAAAGAUCGCCCCGACUAAUGUUUUGUUGCACUAUUUGGAUUCGAUCUCCGGCUCGGAAUUGAAUGGUUGAAUUAAAAACCGCAUGCUGCUCCAGUCCGUGGAAUGGCGGCCGCAGGAACCUCUGGUUUUGCGAGAAUGGAGGAGCGAGGGUAUUUCUUGCUGCUGGACCGAUUGCAGUGCACCCUCGAGGACAAGAUCGACGUCUGGAGGGAAUACGACGACGACCUCAUCGAUGAAAGCCACAGCGGCAAAGACGUCGAGCCGACGGUCCGAGAAUUUCUGGCGGAACGGCUGCACGUCGCCUUUGAUGUGUGUGCCGCGCUCGAUUACCUGCAUUCGAACUUUAUCAUUUAUCGAGAUCUGAAGCCCGACAACAUCGGCUUUGACAUUCGAGGUGAGUGUUCGUAGCGUAUGGUGCAAUCAAUAUUUGCGUUCUGCAUUGCACGGUCGGGCAAGGACAAAAUUGUUGUUCGGCCUACGCCUGUUCUCACACGAUAUCUUUUUGGGUUCUCCUCUCUGCUCUUUGUGGAUAUAUUUCUUGCUAUUUUUUUGUCGUUGCCAUUUCUGCCCAGGUGACGUCAAGCUCUUUGAUUUCGGAUUGGCGAAGGAACUCGAUGAAUCCCUAAAAAGCGAAGGAUGUUCCGAACUGUACGAAUUGUCCGGAAAUACCGGUUCGCUCCGAUACAUGGCCCCUGAGGUCGCUCGAAGCGAACCCUACAAUCUGUCCGCUGACGUCUACGGCUUUGGGUUGCUUCUCUGGCAGAUUCACUCCCUCGAUCUGCCAUACGACGGCAUGAAUCGACAGGACCACUCCGAACUCGUCGUCUACGGAUCUGAGCGGCCCGAAAUCGAUCCCACCUGGAGCAACCCUCUCCGCAUCCUUAUGAAGAGGUCGUGGGAGUCGGAACCGCUCGCUCGUCCCACGAUGGAUUCCAUCUACAAAAUUCUGAGGCGCGAGAUUUGCGCGCUUAGGGACGGCGACGACACGGGGCUGGAACACACCAAGCGACGCUCUACCUUUGUCAUAGGAAGAGAUUCCGCCAGCAACAAAUCACGCAAAAAUAGCAGCCGAAUAAAAGCUAGCCUUGACCAUGAGGGCGUCGAGGGACGUCACAAGACCGUGCCAAACGAAGAAUAGGUUUGUUGGUGGAAGUUGAUCGCCGAUGAUUCUAUUAGACGAGCGUUAACAUUGCCAUUAGUGUAUGGUUGCAAGGCAGAUCGCACCAAGAUUUCUGAUGAGUGGCGAACAAACAAACAAACAACAAACAGGAAAACAAGAAAACGUUGCCACUUGAAAGCCGAGGUAAAACAAAUCCUUGUAAGUGUUCAUUCAAAGAUACUGAAACGUAAACGAAAUGCACAAAGAGGGUGACGAAUACGAGCCCAAGUCAUGGUUACAUAGUAAAUAAAAUAAGAUGAAUUUU